CUGCCCGCACUUCCCUGCGGGAUAACGUGAGGAGCGGGGUGCUCUCGCCUCAGAGCGGUGCACGUGAUUCCCGGCUCGGCUGGGCCAACUGGGUCUCGGUGCUGCCCCGCGGGACCGGGUCGGAGUGGCGGCCGAUAGGUCACAGUUCUGUCUCCCCUCGGGAACAACCGGUCCCGGCCCGCCCCCCCCCCCCCCCGAGGGCUGCGAGGGGGAGCUCUGCUGCGGCCGGGGGCCCUCGGGCCCCCCUGCGGGCGGAGUAGGAGCGAGGAGGGAGCGGCGCCCGGAGCCCCUGGCAGCGGCCCCGCGGGUCUCUCCACGCCCUCGGCGCUCCCGCUGAUCGCCGUGUGCCCCUUUCCCAUGCAUCCCCACCGCGCUCCGUGCGUGCACAGCCAUGAACGGCUCGGAAGCGGGCUCUGGGGUGGGCUGGCAGCCCGAGUCGCUGAUCGUCCCGCUGCUGUAUUUCAUCAUCUUCCUUGUGGGCACGGUGGGCAAUUGCCUGGUGCUGGCUGUGCUGCUGCGCAACGGGCAGGUGAAGAACACCACCAACCUCUUCAUCCUCAACCUGGGAGUGGCUGACCUCUGCUUCAUCGUCUUCUGUGUCCCCUUCCAAGCCACCAUCUACACCCUGGACGGCUGGGUGUUUGGGCCCUUCAUGUGCAAGGCCGUCCACUUUUUCAUCUACCUCACCAUGUAUGCCAGCAGUUUCACGCUGGCCACCGUCUCCCUUGACAGGUAUUUGGCCAUACGAUACCCCCUGCACUCGAGGGAGCUGAGAACGCCCAGAAAUGCCCUCAUGGCCAUCUGCUUCAUCUGGGGGCUGUCCUUCAUCUUCUCAGGCCCUUACCUCAGCUACUACCAGCAGUUCCAGUUGGCCAACCUGACUGUCUGCCACCCCAUCUGGGAGAUCUCCCAGCGCAAGGUCAUGGACAUCUGCACCUUCAUCUUCAGCUACAUCAUCCCGGUGCUGAUCCUGAGCCUCACUUACAUGCGGACUAUUCACUACCUGUGGAGGUCCGUGGACCCUCUUCAAGACAUGUCAGAGUCCAAGAAGGCCAAGCGGAAGGUCACCAGGAUGAUCAUCAUUGUAGCCAUCCUGUUCUGCCUCUGUUGGCUGCCCCAUCACCUGAUCAUCCUCUGUGUCUGGUUCUGGUAUUUCCCCCUCAAUCAUGCUACAUAUGUGCUCCGCAUCCUCUCGCAUCUCAUCUCCUAUGCCAACUCCUGUGUGAACCCCAUUGUCUAUGCCCUGGUCUCCAAACACUUCCGCAAGGGUUUCAAGAAGAUCUUCAUCUGCCUCUUGCACAAGAAGGUAGCCAACAAGGUGCACGUGGCCCAGAUGGUGAACACUGUCAGCAUGCUGGACGCAGAGCUCAGUGAGGUGACCCACAUCAGCAAAGCCCAGCCCAAACACUCCUCCCUGUGCUGCAAGGUCCCAGCCCAGCCCUGAUGGGAGGCAGAGUCAAUAGAACAUCAGCAGAAAGCAGGUGGCUCCUUCAUCACCUUCAACACCACUUAGCAGACGUCCUUCCCACCCCACAGCUUUGCAGUCUCCUGUAGCAUCACGAGCGUGGGGAUGGGCUGCAUUUUGGGUUGAAAUGCAUCAAAUUGUACCCUUCAUUCAAAUGCACCCAGAUUGUCUUAACUGUUAAAGUAAUGCUGCUGGCUACGGACUGAGCCAAGUGACCAACGGAGGAUCAAAGGGCAGGAUUUGCUUCUACUGAGCACUUGCUGAGACCAGAGAGAUCAAACCCCCAAACCAGCUCUGGUGUAAUCACCCGCUCCUCUGUCACAGAUUUACACCCUGUUGCACCUAUACCUGAAGCCUUCUGAAAGCUCUGGUUCCUCCAACCAACGCAGCACCUGGCUGGAGUUACCAGAGUGCACCGCUAGGGACAUUUGGGAAGUCCUGGUUCAUUUGUAUCCCAGUUCAGGAGCUGUUUCCCAGGGCAGCACUGACUACAGCCACAUGGGCACAAACCCAGCUCAGGUAGGAAAACAGCAUAGAAAUCAGGAGACAAACCUUCCUGGCACAGCCAGUACUGGCUGGGCUUUCGCAUUGCCCCGGGGCUUGUGGGAAGUUUACCUAAGAUGGACCAUGGCUGGAAGCAGCAUCCAUAGCCGAGAUGAGUGUCAUAGCCCAAGGACAGCACUGCUGAGGCCACAGGGCACCACUCCGCAUUGCUGACCAUGGCUCAUCCCUGCCAUUCUGGUGUGUGACCGGCUCUUCAGAGCAUCUGCAAGUCACCGAGGACAGUGCGGAGGGAGGCUGUUUGCCAGUGGAGCACAGCUGUGGCACCAUGGGAGAAGUUAUGCUGCCAGAUGGGACAUCAGCGAGUCAGUGCUGGAGAGGCUUUUAAUGCCUCCAUACAGCUUGGGCACAGCUCAGCAUCUCAGCCCUGGCAAGGUGUUGCAGAGAAGAGCAAAGUGGGGCACUGGCGCUGUUUUCCUGUGGUCACCAUGUGGCCAGUCAGCUGGCCAGUCAGGGCUAUGUGGGUGCUGGGGGAGACAAGCUGCAAUAAAGCCCUUCAUCCUACAUCCCAUGUCCUGCUGCCUUGAGACCCCCCCCAUGGUCCACAGCAGAGGAGAGGUGGGCGGUGGGAGCCACUGGCCCAAGCAAAGCCACAGGCAGUGGGGGGGAGCGGAGGAUGUGCCUUAUCUCUGAGCAGGCCCAUCCAGGAACAGCCCCACACUGCCCUUAAAGCAUCCGUACCCAUACACACAAGGCUGAUGUGACUCAACACGUCCCUUGCUCCACAAGUGGCUGAGCCCUGCAACUGACGGCAGCCGAGGGCUUUAUUUAAGGGCCUAUCCUUUUCCUUACAGAAAAGCAUAACUGAAUGGGAUCAAUAAACUCUUUCAACAAUCCUGUGGCACAGUGCAGCCAGAGGAGGUGGUAGAAGCACACGGGAGAUGGGCUGGGCUGUGCUGAGCAUCCCUACAAUGCCCAGAGCUGUACUCCAACUGCACCAAGUGCCCAUCAGGAUCAGGUCUCUAUAAAUUGCUGUUACAGAGGGUGUAAAUCUGCCUGCACAGAUUUCCCUCCUCGUGACAUCCCUGUGGCAGAACUGGGAUGUGAUGCAGGAGACUAUCUCUAUCUGCAACCAUGGCUGUCCCCAGGGCUCUGCUCCAGGGUCUGGGUCCAGGUCCUGAUGCAGCCCUCCUCAGCACCACGCUGUCCUCCAGCCAUCCCCAGUGCUUGGCCUUUUUCCUUGGCAAGCUUUUGGCUGU